AUGGCAGAAUACGUCGACCCAGCAAAGGGCGAUGCCAUCCCUCCCAAGUCGGAGCGUCACCCGGUAAAAUGGUACCGCUCGACGUUCUACAACAUGACCAUCCUCGGUCUCUGCAACCUAGCGGCCCCGGGCAUCUGGGGCGCCAUGAACUCUCUCGGCGCGGGCGGCGCGGCCUCUCCCAAGACCGUCAACGCCGCCAACGCCCUCACAUUCUGCCUCAUGGUAGUGUCGUGUUAUUUCUCAUCCGUCAUCGUCCACUACAUCGGUAUCAAGGGUGCUCUCAUCUUUGGAACCAUCGGCUACGCCCCCUUCGCCGCAGGUCUCUACACAAACAACCGCUACGGCGUCGAAUGGCUCAUGCUCUUUGGCGCCGCCCUUUGCGGCAUCUCCGCCGGCGUCUUCUGGAUGGCCGAGGCCGCCAUCGCAAUGGCCUACCCGGAGCCCUGGAACCGCGGGAAAGCGCUCGGGUACUGGCUCACCUACCGCCUGUGCGGCCAGAUCCUCGGCGGCGCCAUCAACCUCGGCCUCAACGCGGACAAUGACAAGGCCGGCAAGGUUUCGUACACCGUCUACAUCGUCUUCAUUACCAUCCAGGCCGCGGGGCCCUUUGUCGGGUUCCUGAUGAACAAGCCGGAGCAGGUGGAGCGGCAGGACGGGAAGAAGGUUAGCUUGGCGAUUCUUGAGAAUCCUUGGUAUGAAAUCAAGGCGACGACGAGAAACUUGUUCAAGCCAAAGUUUCUUCUCGUUGUUCUCUGGAUUGGUCAGGCUGUAUUUGCCGAGGCUGUUUUCUUCACCUAUCUCGCCACAUGGUUCACUGUCCGAUCCAGAGCUCUGGGCUCAUUCCUCUCUGGCAUUGUUGCCGUGAUUUCAGGCAAUCUUCUCGGGCACUGGCUUGACCGCGCAAAGAUCUCCCUCAAGCUCCGCACCAGGUCGACCUUCUGGGCCCUCGUCGUCACCCAGGGCGCCUGGUGGCUCUGGGCGACCAUCCUCGCCACGCGUUUCCGCCACACACGGCCCACCUACGACUGGGCCAGCCCUGGUUUCGGAGCCGCCUUUGCAGUCUACAUUUUCCUCACAAUCGGUUUCCAGAUUAACUAUCUCUUCCUGUAUUUCAUCGUCACGAACCUGGCCGAGGGCGAGGAGGAAGUGAUUCGGUACGCCGCGCUGCUCCGUGGCGUCGAGUCGGCGUGGCAGGCGGUCAGCUACGGCCUCACCUCGAUACCCCUCUUCGGAGAGGUCGGCGGCAUCUACUUCAACUUUGCACUUUGGGCCGUCGCCAUCGGACCCGCGUGGCUGGUCUUGAGACACUUUGGAUCCGGGCUCACUACGCACGUGGAGGAGGUUCGUGAGGUUAGCGGCGUGGUGUCUAGCGAGGAUGGCGAAUCGGACGCGAAGCACUAG